GAAUAAGUGCAUGAGAAUUGGACUCAGCAAAAACAACGAAGAAAAUUUUCUUCUUGUUGGUACGGCACAUAAGUGAGAGAGAUCAAACAUGGAAAAUAUGCCACCAGGUUAUCGUUUCUACCCCACAGAAGAGGAACUCAUUUCGUUCUAUCUCCACAAUAAACUCGAAGGAGUGAUAAAGGACAUGAAUCGAGUUAUACCAGUCGUUGAUAUAUAUGCCUACAACCCCUCUCAACUCCCACAAAUUUCAGGAGAGGCUAGUCUGAGAGACACGGAGCAAUGGUUUUUUUUCAUUCCUCGGCAAGAGAGUGAAGCUCGAGGAGGAAGACCAAAGCGUUUGACAAAUAGUGGGUACUGGAAGGCUACAGGGUCUCCAAAUCAUGUUUUUUCUUCGGAUAAUCGCAUCAUCGGCAUUAAAAGGACUAUGGUUUUCUACAGUGGAAGAGCUCCUAACGGAACCAAAACCGAUUGGAAGAUGAAUGAGUAUACAGCCAUCAAAGGUGAACCUUCCUCUUCAAACAAGACAGUUCCCACGUUAAGGAAGGAAUUUAGUUUAUGUCGAGUGUACAAAACAUCAAAGUGCUUGCGGGCAUUUGAUCGACGACCAGCGCCAAGGAGGGACGUAGGAGGCUAUUCCGGUGCUCAAAACAAUGAUGAAGAGCAACAAAAGGGUUCAACAUCUUACGAUAACCCUCAUCAUACGGUGGAGAGAAGAAGUGCUACAAGUUCACCUGAGACUUCAUCAAACGGUGAGGAAUCUACCCAAAUGGAUGUUGACAACGACCCUUUUCUGGAUUGGGAGAAAGUGGAUUUGUUCUUGGGAUCAGAACCAUGAACAGAUCCAAUAGAUGAUCAUGAUACCUUGCUGCUACAACAACUUGACUGCUUCAGUCGUCGAAUUAGCAGAAGGUUUAUGUUUAUUACAUAUCUCGCAGAACCACUAUACUAUAAUUUCUUUCUUGUUACUAUUAAGUGGUCAAUAAUCUAGCUAAUUUAUAAUGUUGUGUAGUGACUAAUGUAUCUAAUGAACUAUAUUACAAA